AUGGAUUAAAAAUUGCCCUUUUAUGUUAACUUCCAUAAUCGAUAUCGAAAUUCCAAACUAGAAAGUUUUUAAGUAAGAUUUAAUUUUGAAGUUUAACCUUAGAAUGUGGAAUUAAUCAAGUAACUAUUAAAAUAAUAUCGUAUAGUUCAAAAAUGGAAUAAAAGGUUUUUGAUAAUGAAUAAAAAGAAGAGACUUAAGAGAUAUCAAGUUGGUUAUGGGAUAUUUUAGAAUGUAGAUUUAUCCCAUCCAUUUACUAAAUCAAAUUAACUCUAGAUGACAAAAUUGUUUACACCAAGAUGGUGGAACCUUAAGAAUGUGACAUUUUAUAAUUUAUUGAUUAUAAUAGUGACAAAAUAAAAGACACUUCAGUUAAACCAGAAGUCUUGGCAAACUUAGAAUAAAUUUGCCAUCUUAAAUUGUAUGGUAAAUACAGUUAGAAGGGGUAAAAGAUUGGAAGAUGCUCAAUAAAGUGGAAGGGAGAAGAUUUCAAAGAAGUAAAUGGCUAUUAUACUGAAAAUGGAAAAAAAUAAGGGGAAUGGAAAGAUCUUAUUAAUAAUUUUUGGAACCUGGGUAUUCUUUAUUAAUUAAGAGUGAAGCCGAAGCUUAUGAAAUAGGCGAAUAUGUGAUUGAUAAAAGGAAAGGAUAUUGGAAAGAAAUUUAUAAUUAUAAAGAGAUGUAGAAUAUAUUAAUUAUUAAUAAUUUACAGUGGUGGAUGUGUUUAUAAUGAAUAAGGUGAUAAAAAUGGAAAAUGGAUAGAGUUAAGUGAAGAUUUUGGGAUUAGUCGUAAAUAACUUUUUAAGGUGAAUUGA